AUGGCCCGCGUCCGAGUCCAGACUCCAUCGAGCGCAUUGAGGGCGAAAAGCAUAUCGCCGAAAUUCGACGAUAGUCCGUCAAGGCAAUUAAUGCUUGAUCUGGAAAGAGCUCUCAGUCAGACUCAAAUCCAUGAGACUGAGCUCCACAAAGUUCACAUAUAUGGCCAGCGGCUGUUCCAAGAACACUUGGAUCUGAUUGAUGCGAAGAGAGCCCAAGAAGAAGGUGCAGCGCUUGACGCUGCCGCAUCAAGACAUGAGACGGUUAGGAAGGAGGCCGAAGCCGAGUUACAGAUCUGGUGUCGAGAAGUGGAAGAGCAGGAGAGACUCAAAAAGGAGCAUGAAGAGAGACGCGUACGUGAGCAGCAGGCUCGAGCAAGGGCCGAAGCGGAGCGCAAGGCAAAAUUAGAGGCGGAGCGCCGAGCAAGGAUAGAGAAAGAGCAGGCAGCUGCGAAGAAGUUAGCUGAAGAAAAGGCCGAGGCGGAGGAAGCUGAGCGGCGGAAACGAGAAGAUGCUCUAGCGCAAGCGAAGGCUGAGAGGGAGCGGAAACAGAAGGAAGAACAAACACUGGCAGAAGAAAAAUCGCAAGCUGCAGAGGAAGAAGCCGCACGACAGAAAGCUGCUCAGGCGGCUGCUCAAGCUGAGCAUUUGAUACGAUCGCAGGGCCAAUCGUCUGCUGGCUCGAGCCCUGACAAGGAAGCUUCGCACCAAAGAUAUCUUCAGAUUCACCAGAAUCUCAAAAAGUUUCGAAAGGAAUUCUGGGCACAAUGUAAGAAGGACGCCAACUUGAAGACAAAAGUCGGAGACAUGCGCCGCGCCAUUAAGACCAGUGUUGGGCAAUUGACAGAGGCAAAGGGUGCGAACAAGCUGCCGACUGAACGCAUCAAGUCGACUUUGAAGGAUGCGCUGACCAUCCCAAGUCCGCCUGUCGAUAUACGAGACUACUUUGCCGUCCCACCACCAGAAUCUCAAACUCCUGAGCAAAGUCAAUGUCCUAGCUUACUGGUGUAUUCGCUGAAUAUCUUCUCCAAGGCCAUCAUUUCACAGUUCGGCGGAGAAUCUGGCAUCUCGAUUUCUGCUGCUGAGCCAGCAGGCGUCCUCGUAGCUCAGAUAUUCGCUACUACGGAGUACCAAUGCAGAGGACACUCCUUGAUUGACAUUCUCCUGGCCAAGUUACACCUCGCCUGUCCUGUACUCUGGGGUGUCUACGGGGACGAAAGCACGCCCGAGGGUAGGAUGCGCUUGGGAUGGCGAAAAGAAGGCGGUGUUUACAUAAGCGAGAGUCGACAUCAUGAGCGUGUUUCUGGCUUAGGCGCAGGGUUUGCAUCGAUCGCCCUCCGCAACUUCACGAAGUCACGAUUGCGGAAUCCGUUCCCACCCACCAACUUUUGGGAGUGUUUGGCCAACAUCCUGAAUGUUCCUCCUGGUGAGGUCCAGCCGACACAUUUGUUCGUGCUAAAGGCUAUGCUGGAAAAUUCGGUCGAAAGAUUCAUUCAUUUCUAUGGCUCAGCAGCUAUCGCUGCUCUUCGACUGGCGCUCGUCACUUUCCCGACCACAUUACCCCGAAGAGUGCAGGACACAGCGGGCUGCAAGGCUAUCACCCUUCUUGUCGAUAUGUUAAUUCGGGAAAAGAAUCUACGAAUUGAGUAG